AUGUCCAUGACAACCAUCUCUAGCCUUCAGCGCAUCACAGCGUCAAAGCUAGCUGAGAUGUUACUUGUCGGCGCAAACCCGCCGUCUUCGGAAGCAACCAUAGCCAUUGUUGACGUUCGAGAUGACGAUCAUAUAGGCGGGCACAUCAAGUCAUCGCUGCAUUUCCCCAGCCGCAGCCUUGACGCUACCAUGCCCACCCUAUUGCGCAAGCUCGCCGACAAGGAGAUAGUCAUCUUCCACUGCGCCUUGAGCCAGCAGCGCGGUCCUAGCGCCGCCCUAAGAUACCUUAGAGAAAAGGAGGCGACAACGUCGGCGGCGAAGAGGGCUAAAGAGGAGAAAGAGGCUAAAAGUGAGGGUAAUGCGGCCAAGCAACAGCAAGUCUACGUUCUAGAUAGGGGCUUCGUCGGCUGGCAGGAAGUCUAUGGCCCUGAUGAGCGUCUCACGGAGGCGUAUAGGAAGGAGUUGUGGGAGAAUGGGUAUUAG